AAACCCCCCUUUUUUAGUUUUUGAUACCCAAAACCACCCCUAAAUAUUCAACCCCCCUGAAAAAAAUUAAAGACCUUUUUUUUUUGCUUGUCAAUUUUUUUGGUGAAGAACUUUAAUUUUUUUUUUUUUUUGCCUGUCAACAUUUCAUCCAGCUUGAACCCCCCCCCCCUUUAAAAAAUCCUGCGUACGCUACUGGUUCAUAAAGUAAGCGGUGCUCUGAAGUAAUGUCAGAUAAUGCAAUGACUAUGAUGUGAAUUCAUAUGGCAUUCUAUUUCAAUAUCAUUGUGAUUUUUAAUGUAACUGUCUAACUGAUGUGUACAGUAUUGUCAGAUGUACAUGUUUUUGUACUGUAUAUUAGGGAUAGGGAUUGUAUAUUAUAAUUCAGUCUUUCGUACUACUCCAGGGUAUAUUCCAUGGAAUGUAUGCGGCAAUCAAGUGACUAUGUGCCUUCUCUUGUUUCUAAUUUUAAAAAAUGUUAAAUCACAAGGAUCUGUCUUGUAAAACAAACAAUGAAUGUUUUUUUUUUAAUUUUGCUAUGGACAGAAUAUUAAAUUCAGUGAAAGAUGAAUACAUGUAGAUCAUUUCCUCUUUCCCCUCAUGAAAUAUUCUGUCCAUUACACUUAUAAACAUUCAUUAUUUUUAUGAUGAUAACACCAUGUAGGCCUACAGUGUAUUUCUUUGAAAACAAAGUCAACAGCUUCCCUUGAUGCUGCAGAGUAUAAUAUCUAGUCCCUUUAAAAAGUCUUUUGAGGAGAAUCUGUGGUUACCACCCAUUAAUUACAUGUCUAGACAUCAGUACUGUAUAUAGAGCAGAAUAUGGGAUUAAUAUUUUUAUGAAACUUGAUAUUAGUGUAUAGGCCAUUGAUGAAAUCUGUGAAAUAUAUACAUGUACAGUUAACUUUAUGUGGCUUUGGCUUUUUAUUUUAUCGAAUAUUUUGAAAUGAUUUAUUUGAUUUUCUCCUGUAAAAGGAUUUUUUUGGCUUUCUGGGUUUCAUGUAUGAAAGAAUAUCUUUAUGCUAUUUUAUUAAAUCUUCAUUGGAUGGACACUAUUGCAUACAGUAGCUUUAUGAAAUGGUAAAUGUAAUAAGUAUUUUCAGUUAUCAAAGUAUAGAUGAAGUAUUUGUUGAUAUUGUCAAGAAACUGCUCUUUAUAAAAAAUUUAUAGUUGCCAUGGUGAUCGAAGGCUCUAGUAAGUGGCAGUUCUCUUCAAUAUUAGACUAUGAAAAUAGAUGUUUUCUCCUAUAUACCAGUAGUGGAUUGUGACGGUUUGACCUUCGGAUAAAUUAUAGUUCCCUUUAAUAUUUGAUUUGAUUCAUUUCCCUUUUUUAUCUUAUGACUUUUCUUCAGGAUGUUGAGUGCCUAGAACUGACCCAAUUACGAGACACAAGAACAGGAAAAUAUGCUAUGACACCAAAGGAUGCCAAGCUGAGUACUCUUUGUGACAUGGGUUCUAAAGAUGUCCCUUUGGAAGAUAAGACCAUCACAGUUGUCUAUGGAUCAGACAUUGUUAGUCUCUCAUUCAUUAAUUUCUGUGGUACAUCGGCUAAAGUAGCUCAGAAAUGGUGUGAAACUUUACUCAAAAUAGCCCACAACAGAUCAGCACAGAACCCAUCACCAGCCAAACUACUCCACAAAAUGUACACCAAGAUAACCAUUAUGGUGAACAGAGAUGGCCACAUUCCAGUCAAAAAUAUCCGCAAGAUGUUUUCAUCUAGUAGCGCUGACAGAAAGAAAGUAGAGACUGCUUUACAGGUUGCUGGAGUUCAUAGUGGCAAGGAUGACACUAUUGAUCCCAAGAGGUUCACAUAUGACGUUUUCUUCACAUUCUACCUUCGCUUAGUCAACCAGAAAGAAGUGGACAAAUUAUUCCAGGAGAUGGGUGCAAGGAACAAGCCCUACCUGACUACUGAUCAACUUGUUAAAUUCUUGAACAAUGAACAGCGUGACCCUCGUCUUAAUGAGAUCCUAUAUCCGUUCUAUGAUGCUAAAACAGCUAUUAGCAUCCUAGAGAGAUUUGAGAAGAACAAGCAGUUUGCCAAAAAAGGUAACAUGUCAAUAGAAGGUUUGAUUCGUUAUCUACUAAGUGAUGACAACCAAGUGGAUGGUGUGGAAUCUUAUCUCAUUGCUCAAGACAUGGAACAACCUCUUUCACAUUAUUUCAUCAAAUCAUCUCACAACACAUACCUCACAGGUCAUCAAUUGACUGGGAAGUCUACAGUUGAGAUUUAUCGUCAGGUUUUGCUGUCUGGAUGUAGAUGUGUAGAGCUGGACUGUUGGGAUGGUAAGAGUGAUACUGAUCCAGAACCAGUCAUUACCCAUGGAUACACUAUGUGUACUGAUGUACUCUUCAAGGAUGUUAUCGAAGCUAUAAAUGAAGCAGCAUUCAAGACAUCUGAGUAUCCUGUAAUCCUGUCCUUUGAGAAUCAUUGCAACCAAAAGCAACAGGCUAAGAUGGCUCAUUAUUGCAGAACAAUCUUUGGAGAUAAACUUUUGAUUGAUCCCCUCUCUGAGUAUCCUUUGGAAGCUGGGAAGCCACUACCUUGUCCAGCGGCCCUCAAGAAUAAGAUCUUAGUCAAGAACAAGAAACGGAAGCACACAGAUGCAAACAAGAAAAGAGCAGGAAAGCGUCGAUUUAGCUCCACCUCCUCUUUCACCAGUUCAUUUGAUGCAGAAGAAUCAACGGAGACUCCGCCUUCAACGAUGAGACGAGGUCGUCGACUUCAGAGUACGACAUCAUUGACAUCCAUGGAUAGCGGUGAUGCUCCUGUUGAUAUUAGGCCUAGUCGGUCAGCAUCUCGGCGAGGUAGCAAACGUAAAAUGCUCCUCCAGAUUGCCGAAGUGACUUAUGAUGAGACUAUUAACCCAGACGACCCAGGCAAGGGAGUGAAGACGAUAGAAGAGACCGCCGAGACACCAGAACAGGGUGGAGAAGGCAGUGUAAAUAAAGAGGGUUCAUCGCCCUCAACACCUGAAGAUAAACCAUCAAGAACAGAAGGUAGCAAGGAUGAGAGUGUUCCCCCUGGCUCUGAAAGAAAAGCAUCAAAGGGAGAUGUGAAAAGUGAUGACUUGAAGCCGAGAAAAAAAUUAUCACGGCAGGAUGCCCAAGAUGAAGACUCAGGCAGCAGUAGACCGCCCCCUCCACGUGUAAAGAGAAAAAUAACCAAAAUGGAUACUCAAGAGAAAAGUGGAGAGGUUGAAAUGAACGGAGAAAAUGGAGAUGCUGGCAAUGAUUCUAAGCUUACAGAUGUCCAAGAAGAUGAUGAUGAAGAGAGUGAGGAUAGUGAUGAUGAAGAAGCUCUCAGUAAGGAAGAAGCACUUAAGAAGAUGCAAGAAAAGAAAGAUAGGGGUACAGCUGGUCAAGAAGCAGAGGCUGGAGCUGAGAUGUCAGCCUUGGUCAAUUACAUCCAGCCUGUCCAUUUCUCUCAUUUUGAAGGGUCAGAAAAGAAGAACCACAGCUAUGAAAUCUCAUCUUUUGUAGAAACCUCAGCCAUGAACAGAGUCAAGGAAAAUCCUGUUGAAUUCGUCAACUACAACAGGAGGCAAUUGUCUCGGAUAUACCCUAAAGGAACAAGAGUAGACUCAAGUAACUUCAUGCCUCAGAUCUUUUGGAAUGUGGGUUGCCAGCUUGUAGCUCUCAACUACCAAAAUCUUGAUCUACCAAUGCAACUGAAUCUAGGUCUAUUCAAUCUUAAUGGAAGGACAGGGUAUAUCCUCAAACCAGAUUUCAUGCGAAGAAAAGACAGACAUUUUGAUCCCUUUGCCGAGUCAACUAUGGAUGGUAUUGUCGCUGCUACUGUAGAGGUCAAGGUAUUAUCUGCUCAGUUUUUGAGUGAUAGGAAGGUUGGGACAUACAUUGAAGUGGAUAUGUUUGGUCUACCAGCAGACACAGUUAGAAAGAGGUAUAAGACAAAGACUAUCAGCAGUACUGGUAUUAAUCCACAGUAUGAAGAUGAUGGAUUCGUAUUUCCCAAGGUGAUCAUGCCUAAACUAGCCAUGUUAAGAAUUACUGCAUAUGAUGAUAAUAACAAACAGAUUGGACAUCGUAUUCUACCAGUGGAAUCACUCAGACCAGGGUAUCGUCACAUUCCCCUCCGCAACGAGCUUUACCAGCCUCUUCUCAUGCCAUCAAUAUUCGUCCACAUCAAAGUCAAAGACUAUGUACCUGUUGGUCUGGCAAACUUUGCUGAUGCCUUGGUGAAUCCAAUCCAGCAUCAGAAUCAACUAGAAGAACAGAUCAAGAUGAGAACAGAAGCUCUGUCUAAACUCAUGGAAGAGGUGAAGUUGAUGGAGGAAUCUAAAGAUGCUGCUGCUGCUGCAGCAGCGGCUGAGGAGAGUCCUGAUGAUUCAGCUAGUACCUCCAAACUGGAGCCUCAGAAAGCAGAGACAGCGGGUGAUACAGCUAGUACCCCAGAACAGGAGACUAAACCACCAGUAGAGGCCGCUGUGCUACCGACCGAGAGGAAAGUAAGCAAUAAACCAUUGGAAGAGGCUAGGCUUGAGUUGGAGAAGAGAGAUAGUAUUGAAGCGUUACCACCGACAAUGAAGAAAACCUCUAGGCCAUCUAGACAAUCAGUCACAGCAAAAGACAGCACGGGAAGUACUACCAGUAGCGGAGGCUUGCUAAGAUCCGUUUCCAUGGGAGCAUCACAAUUUGAGGCUAAUGCCUUCUCAGGAUUUCACAACCAAAGCAUCCGAAGUCGAAGUACUCCAAAUUUGGUCCCACAAGAAGAGAUAGUUGCUGCUACCAUUGAUGAGAUUAAAGAAGAGAAGAAAUAUAUCAAAGUGAAGACACGACUGGACAAUGAACAUCAUAAGCUAGUAAAGAAACAGGAGAAGAAGCAAAGUAAACUGAAGAAGACACAGAAUAAAGACAUCAAUAAAUUCACAGCUUCUCAAGAGAAAGCUAAGAGGAAUAAGGAGAAGAAACUUGCAUCAAUGGAGAAGAAACUUCUAAAGACCACAUCACCUGAAGAAGCCAAAAAACAAUAUGCCGACAGCAUGGAACUGUUUGAGCAAGAUCAAGAUAAGGAGAUGUUGAAGAAGCAAGUUAGUCAUGAGGAUUCAUUGACAGCCCUGUAUAGACGUCAUUACCUGGAGGAGAAGGAGCUGAAGGUGGAGCAUGCUGAGAUGCUAUUUGAGCUCCAGAUGGAUCUCAUGGCAUCUAUUCAUGAAAAACAACUCAAGAAACUAGAUGGUCAACAUAAGAAGGUUGAGCAGGAGCUUCGUAAGAUGUUAGGAAGUAAGAACAUUGAAGAGAUGAAGAGCAUUGGUAAGAUGAAGAGAGAGAAACAAGAGAUAAGCAGACUCAAGAGAGAAGCUCGUAAGAAACACAUCGACCAAGCCGUUACUGAGAGAACUCAUUUGUUUAAACUACAGGAGAACAAGAAGAAAGAACUCAAAGAAAGCAUGAAAGAACUUCAACAAAACCUGUCACAAGAUGAAGACUUUAUGGUAUUGGUGAUUGAAGAAGAAUUCAAGAAGAAGCUAGAUCAGCUUGUUCGAGAUAGGAAGUUCAAACGAUUCACCUCUGACUCUAAUGGUUCUAUCAAAGCUAUUGAUGAUGCGAGUCCCUCUGAUGGUGGACCUCCUAAUGGUGUUAAUGGUGAUAUGAAGAAAUCAGCUAGUAGUGGUCUGAAUGGAAUCUCUGAUGGACCUAGUUCUGUCAGUGGUGGUGAUGUCCCAGAUAGUAACGGUCUCAAUGGACACAGUCAUGUCAACAUAGGUAGCCCGGUUCAUAACGCCAAAGGUCAUAUGGCUACAGAGGUUGAAGUACAUGCCAGUAGGAGUUUAAACCCUGAGGAAACCAACACUAACAACUCAGCUCAAACCCAUUCCAAUGGUGACAUUGCUAAUGGACUUGAUAACAGCAAUACCGUACCAGAUGAAGAGAUCGUGUGUAAAGAUUCAGAAACAGGUGAAAGGAAAGUAUGUGGUGGUUCAGAUGCAGUUAAUCCUGUCGUUGAGUCCACCAAACUUUAAUUUUCUGCAACUUUGGUUACCAUUGCAACAUAACUUGUACCCUUGAAAUUUUGCAAAUACCUUGCUAAUGAUGCCUUUACAUGAGAGUUUAAACCCAGCGUAGGCUUUGCUAUUGUAUGUAUUAUAUUUUGAGCUUUGUAUGAAAAAAAGAAGAAGAAACAAGUGAUAUAACAGUAAGUACCAAAGCCGUACUAGCCACCACUCUCUGAAGCUUCAGAACACAUAUUUUAGCUGCAUCAUGUAUAUUUAUAUGUUAUAAUCAUGUCUUAGGAGUUAAUAUUGCACAAGAAAACACCAUUUUGUGUUUAAAGAAUAUAUUUGUAUAUGGUAGAAAUACCACAGAUGGUUGUAAAUGAUGCAUCGGUGCUUGGAUAUGAUCUCUUUUAUAUAUAUAAUGAAAACAAAUGUUGUACAGGUGUGUAUAUAUAUGGAUAUUUUUUUGGUUUUAGAUUUUCAAAGGGUGGUUAAACAGUUUGAUACUAAAAAGUGUGUGCCUUCAGAACUCUAGAUUUGAACAUUCAGUGUUUUAUUGCUUUCAUUGGUAGUGUGGUUCACUGCUUGGAUUGUGUGUCUAACUUUAUAUAGCCAAUCUAUGGAUCAAUGCCACGGUUGUAAAGUGUUUGAUAGUAUUGGUCAUUUUGAAAACAAAUCUAGAAAUGUUCUCUUAUAAUUCAUGAGCAGUUUGUAUAUGAUUGUCGUCUUAAUUAAUGCACAAAACAUAGUCAAUCAGGAGUAUAAAGGAAGUCAAAUAUUCACAAGAAUUAUUUUGAUAGAAGAAAAGGAUGCCAUAUUCAGAGAGGGCAAGAGCAUUUUUACCUGCAGAUGAAUCAUAUUAUUUAAAUAAUCUAUUGUGUUUUGUACUGAGUAUUGAUAGGUUAUUUAAUAAUAUAGAUCUAUAAGUAGAUGACAUUAAUGUUUUCAGGUGCAAGAUCAUUUUUAUGCUUAUUGGUCAAAAACUGAAUUUGAUUUCUGUUGGAAAGAUUAGAUAAUAUGAAAGUCACAUCUGUUUUAGUUUGUUUUAUUUGUUUUUAUUUGAGGACUUUUUAAAAUUGAGUCAUUAAUCAUUUUAAAUCUUAGACUUAUAAAGCUUAUUCUUUUAAUUGCAAUAUGUAUGGUGGAUUUUAUUACCCUGAAAAAAUUUACAGCACUGACAUUAUUAAUUGAAGGAACCUCUCUAAGAUUUGCACAACUGAAUAUUCAAUAAAAAUCCUUUAGCAUUAUAGAUCUGAAAAAAGGUUUCACCUUUUUUUUAAUGUGAUUAAAAAUAUGAUAUAAUUCUCAUCUGAUUUAAAGGCAUAGAAGAAUUAAAGAUACCAUUCCAAUUACAAAUCUUGGUGAUCAUUCCUGCUGAAUUUUCCUAAUGCCACAUGAUAAAUUUGAUUCAAUUUAAGAAGAAAAAAUGUGUAAAUAAUUCUCAAAUUUCUUGAUUCUUCUCCUGUACAGAUAGGUUAUGCAGUACUAUAACAUCUAUAUCUUGUGUGUAUACAUUGAAUGCUUAUAGUUAAAAUUGUUUUUGUAUAAGAGAUUGGUAAAUUUCAAAUGAUUUUUAUUUAUAUAUAAAUCUAUUUACUUGUAUCAUAAUGAGAAGGAAUGCUGUUAUUUUAUAUUGGAAAUUAAUGCAAUGUGGAGAGGUAUAUUUUAUGAAGAUGGACAUUUGUUUUCUGUGUAGAGUCAUAUGUAAGAUACAUGUAUGUCUUUUUCAGGUAUGCAUACAUAUGUAGUAUCAACAAAACAUUAAUAUACUUACAUGAAUCAUGGAAAUAAUUAAUUGUAUUAAAAUAUGACACUUUUAUAUUUUAAUUGAAUUUCACAUUUUGCUAUCACUGCAUUUUCUGCAUAAAGUUCAUACUUUGCUUGCACUUUGAAAUAGUACUAGCUAGGGCUUUUCAUUGCCAAUAUAAAAACUGUCAUGUAGUUAAUAAAUUCAAUAAGAAACAGGAUUAAUAUAUUUGAGAUGGGGUGAAUAAUUGUCAUGUAUAUUGUUAAUGUGCUGUGUUUGUUUCUAUGCAAAGUUUCAUAAAAAACCAAUGGAAAAUUUAUGUUAGAAUUUGCUCCUUUUUGUUUAUCAUACUGUAGUUGGGAAGGCAAACCCAUGUACUUCAAAAAUAUAUUUAGGAGAGUGGAAUAAUAUGGCUGCCAUAACACUGUAAUAAGUGGAAUAGUUUCUUGUUAAUAGGUCCUAGUGUAUUGCUUCAUUUCAAAGAGCUGUGAUUUCAGAAAUGACUUUACAUGAUAUAUGUAGAUUAUGUGAUUAUAAAAAAAAUCCUCAUAAUUUGAGAUAGGUCUUGUCAUUUGAUAUUUACAUUCUUUAUCCCCACCUCUCACAAAAUUCAUUUUCUCCAGAUUUAUGUUCUUCUUUUCUCUUAUCUCCUUUCCAAUAUGAAAUGCUUUUCCCUUUUAUCCCUCCCCUCCAAAAUUUCUGUGAAAUAAAACUACUUUCAAAAGUAGAUUAUUUUAGUUCAAGAGGGUAUAUUUAAUAUUGACUGGCCUUGAGGGAAACAUCAAAGAUAUUGCCAGCAAAAGAUUCAUAUAUCAGCCAGAGUCUUUAGACAAGGGCAAUAUAGGUCUUUUAGGGGCAAUAUAUUUGAUGUUUCCCGAAAUAAGAGCCAGUCAAUAUUUUUAUUAUCAUCCAAAUCAGAUAUCUAGAGCAAAAAUCAUGAUAAUGGUGAUAUAUCUUUUCAAAAAAGAGUUCUAUGGUGUCAUGUUGAUAUCAGGGUCUAGGCUCUGCACUUAACUGUUAUGACGUACUUGCAAGCGCCAGGAUCCAGUGUUGUCUUUAUUAUGACGUAUAUUGUUGGUGCGCGGAUCAUUACGAAGCGUGUGAAGCGUAUCUCUUUAUACGCAUCCUCGAAUGCCCGGAUGUGAGACCAGGGAAAAUACAAAGGUAUAUGUUGCGUCGUCUCUGCAUGCAAAGUAAAUACAUGCAUUGAGACAGAGGAAAAUACAAACAAUAUACCUAUCCCUUCCCGAUAUUUCUGUUUCAGUUUAUGGUAACUCCCGUAGGAACUCGGCAGGACAGCGUUUUGCUGGUAAAGGGCAAUAUGGUUUUGUAAAUGACCCGCUCAGAUGUCUGAUACGGGCAAUAAUAUGUAAUAUUUACACAUUGAAAAUGUGCUGUUAUGCUAUUAGGUUUUAAUUAUACUGCCAAUUUAUCAAUAAUAAAAAAAACAGAUAUUAUUGCAACUCACUGUCUGUACUGGGCCCUGUUGCAUAAAAGUUUCUAUUCUACUAACUUUGCUAUUGUUUACAGUGACAGCCUAUCAAAAUCAGGGAUUCCAUUGAAGUUAACCACAAUAGUACAUUUUAUGGAAAGGGAGCCUGGAGAUAUGUAUUUUGAUGUUUAGCAGAAUUGACUACUCUUUGAUUUUAAGUUUUACUAUAAUGUUUUGAAGAAAUGCAAACUCUGAUAGUUUGUAGAUUUCAUAUUUAUUUAUUAGUUUUGUUUCUUUACUUAUAAUUUUUUUGCCAGUAAUAUUCAUAUGUCCGAUAGAGUUUAACAUGGCCUUUUUAAUUUCAGAUAUAUAUAUUUGUUUUUUGCUUCUUCUAACUACAAACUUUUUAGCAUUAAAGAUAUACCAUAAUUUAUUUGUGUUAGCUUGAGCUUAAAUUCAAUUCCAUCUCAUUAGAACACCCCAUGUCAUUUUAAUUAUGAUUAAAAUUUAUAAAAGAAAUGGUCUUAUGUUCAACCAAAGAGGAACUUUGCAGUUUCAUAACUCGGAUUUGAAUCUACUUUUGCCAGUACAAAAUACUGAGUAACAUUCUCAAACCCUUAAUUAAUGGAAUAAUUGAAAGAUAACAAGCUGAGAAGAUUAGAAAAUUUGAUAGUUAUCUUAUUGGUUUAAUGAAACUGGAUUAGGCUAUAUAGACUAAUAAAUAAAUAAAAAUGGAUGGUGUUAGUUGUAGCUUGAUAAUUUUCUCUAUGCAUUUCACAUUAUGUUAAUCUUUCAGCUUUAUACUGUGUAAAACCACCACAAGAAUUACCAGCAGGGUCUAUAUUGUCAUUACUCCCAACGAUUUUAGAAGAAACUUUGUAUGAGAAUGAAUUAGAAACCUUAAUGACUGGAAAGCAAAGUGCUAUUUCAGGGAUAAUUUUUUUAAAAGAUUCGAAAGAUUAUUUGACAUUUGAAUUUAUGUGUGCCUUUUUUAUGAUCAGAUUGCUUUUUUAAACCAUUAUCAACAUGCAGAGGAAUUCUGUCAUAUUGACAAAAUAAUAAAUUAAAUUGAGACUGAUGGCCAAUCUUAUUAACUCAUAGGAAUGUGAAAUACUAUUUUAACCUUCUUCACAGCUUUAAGAAUCUUUUAGAACUUUGUGCCAACACUUGAUAAGAAUAUUUUGAUGUUUUUCUCUAUUUUUUUCUUAGAACCAUCAGAUCACACUUUUUCUUCCUACCCAAACAUUUUGCCCCUAUUUAGUAUGCCCAUGAUCAUUUGUAUAUCCCUCCAAGAUAAUUCAUUGUUUGCAAUCUAUUGAUGAAUUCGAUAAUUUUAAUGAACUGUUUAAAAUAGUAUUUUGUAGCAUCUACUGCUUUUAUCAAAAGUACAUGAAAA